AUGCGCAGCUGCGUGGGCCUCUUGUCUGAGCGAAGAGCAGACGUAUUUACUGGAGAAACGCGGAGCAGGAAAAGUAGAGCGCGUAGUAACUUCUUACCAAAACAAAGCUUGUGCUUGUGCCUACACACGGGAUUGGAGCAACUAGUAAACAAAAUAGCGCUGUGGAGCUCGCGACAACGACAUCCUUUUCGCCUGAAGGGUCUGGACGUGACAAGAGGAAGCGAGUGGGUGAGAAAAGAUCUUCAGGACUUUGUUGUGGGUGCUUGAAGAGUUGAAGAACGAGCAAUUCAGGCACUGAAGGGACUUCCGAUCGAAUAGAAACAGGAACUGGAAUUCCUUUUCUUCUAGUAUCAUUGCAGUUUCACAAAUAGAGGCUG